UAAAAUCACACAACUUUGUUUUAGCUUAAAUAUGGUAAAUAGUUAAUUAUACAAGUAAAGUUUCCAAUAUAUUAAAAAAAUAAAAUUACACAAGGCACGACCAAGGAUAUUUCAGUCCUACUUCUCCCCCUCAUUUGGACUUUGGAGCCCCAAUAUUGAAACGAAGGAUGAGGAAUAGGAUCCUAGUUUCUAACUUUCUAGAGCGUGGAAAAGUUUAGGUUAGAAGGGUAGAACGGGAAAUAAAAGUUGAGUAUCCCCAAGACCCCAAUAGACAAUAACUCAACCCCGCGUAAAUCGGAGGCAAGCAUUAGAAAGAAGAAUAAUCGCGUUGAAGACAACUUUUUGGUUUCCUUUUUCCUUUUUCCUUUUUCCUUUUCCUUUCCUUUCUUUUCUUCAAAUUUCAUUCACCUAUAUAUACUCCCUCUCAUCUCUCCCCCUAAACCAAAUCAAACGUAAACCCUGAAAUCAUAUGUCUCACAGAUCUCACGUUCCUCACUACUCUUCUAUCGCUUUCGGCCUCCAUUCCCAUCUCCUGGUUUCCAGUGAGAUGAUCUCCAACUCCAAUUGGUCUUUAUAAUUCUAUUUUAACCUUCUUUUUUCUCUCUCCUAAUUUUAACACCUCCUUCCCAAAUUUUUAGCCAAAUUCUUUUAUUUUUAUACUCACAUUUAAUUCAACGAAUCAACAAUUAACACAAAUGGGGAUUAAGGGGUUCGUUGAGGGUGGAAUUGCGUCCAUCAUUGCUGGUUGCUCAACCCACCCUCUCGACCUUAUUAAGGUCCGAAUGCAACUCCAAGGCGAACCCUCUGUCGUUCCACCCACCGCUAAUCUCCGCCCUGCUCUUGCUUUUCAUCCUUCCGCCGGGUCCCACACCGUCUCAAUCCCCUCUCCGCCCCGCGUGGGUCCUGUGGGUGUCGGCGUUCGUAUUGUUCAGCAAGAUGGUGUUGCUGCCUUAUUCACCGGUGUUUCCGCUACCGUACUCCGACAGACCCUCUACUCCACCACCCGUAUGGGCCUUUACGAAAUUCUCAAGCGUAAAUGGACCGAUCCCAACUCAGGAAACCUUUCACUGGGUAGGAAAAUUGCUGCCGGUUUAGUCGCCGGAGGAAUUGGUGCGGCUUGUGGGAACCCAGCUGACGUGGCGAUGGUUCGCAUGCAGGCCGACGGUAGACUCCCGGCGGCCCAGAGGAGGAACUACAAGAGUGUUGUUGAGGCCAUACAAAGGAUGGUGAAGGACGAGGGGGUUACUUCCCUGUGGCGCGGGUCUAGCCUUACGGUGAACCGUGCUAUGCUGGUGACGGCGUCACAGCUGGCAUCGUAUGAUCAGAUCAAGGAGAGUAUCUUAGAUCGUGGGGUGAUGAAAGAUGGGCUUGGGACUCAUGUCACCGCGAGUUUUGCGGCAGGGUUUGUGGCGGCGGUAGUUUCUAACCCGGUGGAUGUGAUUAAAACCAGGGUUAUGAAUAUGAAAGUGAGCAGUGGUGAAACGCCGCCGUAUAGUGGGGCCCUUGAUUGUGCAUUGAAGACCGUCAGAUCUGAGGGGCCCAUGGCACUUUACAAGGGAUUUAUUCCUACAAUCUCUAGACAGGGUCCAUUUACUGUGGUGCUCUUUGUCACACUGGAACAAGUCCGCAAACUCCUCAAGGAUUUCUAAGAUUUUUUCAAUUUCAGCAACAUAUUAAAAAAAAAAGAUGAUGAAGAAAAUUUAGGAAUUAAUUGUUCUUGCUACGAUUUAGUAUAAAAAUAUGACUUUGGUUAUACUCGUGCGUAGAAAACGUUAUGUUUGGAGUAACAUUUGGUACACUAUGCCAGCUGUUUCUUGUUGGUGAUCUUGCAUUGCGCGUGUUGUAAUACCCGUAUUGGUUACAUCAUAUUUUAUUUGGAGUUUGAUCAUUUUUUUUAUGAAAUAAUGUUUGUUUGUUA